AUGUCAUUCAAGAGUGUCCUGCCUCCGUCCACCAAGCGACCGAGGCCACGAAAGCCUAGCCGGAGCAGACAAUUCUCAUAUGCUCUCCGCGAGAACUUUUCGCUCUCCACCUGGCUUCUUUUGGGCGCUCUGCUCCAAUCCAUCGUUCUCUUUAUCGUCCCUCGGCUUUAUGCCACGCUCCCUUUGAUCCUGGUUCUCGGGACACGGGUAGUCAAUACAAUGGCCAUCACAUUAGGCUGGAAGAAGAAUCCCUAUCUCGACGAAGCGCUUUUGUACCGCGUGUCCCCACAAAUCCCCGAUGAAGACGGCAAUUUCCACCCAGAGUCGUCGGAGGAGAAGGUUGUGGUCUUCUUGUUGGGAGCCAAGUCGAACCAUCCUUUGGGUAUCUUCGCCCCCAACUUCAAGAUCGUCGGAGACUCUCUGAUGAGCAUGAUCUCUGAUCUGAACCAGGGGGCCCCUGAUAACGGAUUUUAUGGCGGUUCUUCGUGGACCAACCAGUACAAGAAUGAUGCCACCGAGUUCCUCUUCCUCAGCUACUGGCGGUCUACAGAAGACAUUCACAAAUUCGCCUACAGUCCUCUGCACCACGAGACCUGGGACUGGUGGAACAAGACUCUUGACCAGAACGACCAUAUUGGCAUCAACCAUGAGAUUUUCGAGGUGGAUCGGAAGCACUGGGAGGCCAUCUACGUCAACUUCCAACCCACCCUCCUCGGGGCCACGACGUACCUGCGUAAGGGCGACAAGAUGAUCGGUGGCACUGUCAAUGACCAGUGGAUUUCGCCACUGAUAGAUGCAAGAAGGGGCAAGCUGAGGAGCAGUGCAGGCAGGCUGGGCCGAGACCUAGGCCAACUAUAUGACAAGUACCAGCUGGCACCUGGUGCUACGCGGGAGGAGGCAUGA